GCAGCUACGUUUGCACACCUUCCUCCGGCCGGAGUAUAAAAGGCUGUGUUUGGAGGGGACCCUGCAUACUACGUGCGAACAUGGAAGGGACACGCGUCACCUGGGUCUGCGUGCUGUGCGUCAUCGCAGGUGUUUCUGGCAACGUCCUAGUGAAGGAUGGAUGUGCCCAGGGUCCAGAAUUCUGGUGUCAGGAUCUGGUGACGGCUGCUCAGUGUGGAGCCAUCGAUCACUGCAAGGACACUGUUUGGAAGGAAGGAGAGGAGACCCUGUGUGGGGAGUGUAAGCAGAUUGUCGCAAUAAUGCUCAACAUGGUGAAGGCAUCGUCUAUCCAGGACACCGUCAAGAGUUUCCUGCACAAGGAGUGCUCCCACUUGCCUAUUACCCCUCUCAUUGUCCAGUGUCACCAGUUAGUGGAACAGUAUCAGGGCAUCCUGGUUGAUGUUUUGGAAAGUCAGAUUAAGCCACAAGCUAUAUGUAGCUCCCUUACCUUCUGUUCAUCGGACCAAUCGAACAGCUGGAAUUCGGAUCAACUGACCAAUCACAUCCUGGAGAAAGUAUUACCCCUUAUCCAAGAGAAUGUACACAACGUAUAUACCAAAGCUUCACAGGAACAGGGUGGAAAUGGAGACUUCCCGAUCCCAAUGCCAAUGUGCUGGAUGUGUAAAUCCUUCAUUGGCCGCUUCGAGGCAGCCAUACCAAAGGAUGCCAUUGCAAAGUCAGCCACAGCGCUGUGCCUCGUCCUGCCCGGGAAGAUUGCUGGGGUGUGCCAGUGCUUGGUGGAGAGAUAUACCGUCAUCAUACUAGAUCUCAUUCUUGGCAAACUGGGGCCAAAACUGGUCUGUGGACUUCUGUUCAUGUGUUCCACUGGUGAGAACUGUGGGGCAGAGCUACCAGUAAUGCCGGUCCUGAGUCACGAUAUCACGUGCGAUAUGUGUCUGGCCGUCACGUACAAAGUGAAACCCACUCUGGGUGAAAAUGCCACCGAGGCCGACAUAAAAGCUGCUCUCCUGCGAGUCUGCGCUGACCCGGAGCUGGACCGGAAGGAGUGCCAGAACUUUAUACAAGAGCACCUGGCGCAGCUGAUCCAGAUUCUCCAGAAGCCGUGGGACGCCAAGAGAACAUGCAAGGAUGCAGGUUUUUGCCCCGCCGUCACUAAUCCUGCCCCAGAACAUACGGGGUGUGCAGCGGGACCAUUGUAUUGGUGCAGGAGCCUGGAAACAGCCAAAGAGUGCGAGGCUCUUGGUCACUGUCUGACCCACGUUUGGCAUUAAAGUCUACUAUAGCAACUCCAGACGUCAGCACUGCGACUCGUGGCUCUGAGAUCGCAGAUCCAGCAAGCUUUACUUCUACUCAAUUCCAAUAAAACACUUUAUAAAAAGAA